UCCAGUUUUAUCUAUAAUUCUUGAUUUUGGGAUAUUUUCCUUAGUUCAUGACAAUAUUACCACCUACCAAAGACUAUUUUGUAUUAAAAUAAGUAAUAUAUAAGCUUGACGUUUAUAUGACAACCCCAACAUUAAAAGAAGUCCUCUCAGGGGAGGGCCUUCUUCCAUAUACACUCCCUCAAUUUGCCUCGUAUCUUGAAUCAUGUCACUGUCUGGAGAACCUUGAAUUUGUUCUUGGAAUAGAUAAUCUUGUAAAUUCUACUGGGAAUAUUCAACAAAUAUGGAAUAGAAUAUAUAAUGAUUUUCUUUUAGAAACUUCACAAAAAGAAGUGAAUUUACCCUAUAGUCUUAAAUCUGAACUCAUACAAUUCAAGCCUGAAUCUGGACAAGUACCUACAUUGGAUAUAAUAUCUGAAACCACCAAAAAAGUCUAUGAGUUGUUAGAAAACUCAUAUAAUGACUUUAGAAAACAUGUAAGAAAUAAUAAUAUUGGUGAUAAUUCCAAUCGAAGAAUAUCUGAGGCCAUAUCUCCUUGUAUAAAUGUUAAAUAUGUUGAAUUACCAAAGAGUCCAGAAUCUUUUUCAAGUCAAUUACAACAAAGUCAAAAUCAGUUUCAUAUUCAAAAUGAAGUUGAAAUGGCUUCAUCUCCUACAUUAUUUAAUCCUACACCAAGACCAUCAUUUAGUCAUUUCCAACUUGAUAAUAACUCCAAUAACAAUAAACUUACACAUACGUCAAGAUUGGUACAUGAUGAUGGACUUUACACCCUGCCCCGUGCUCUGCCUUCCCCAAAACCAUAUAGAAGAGCUUCAGAACCUGUACAGGAGACAGAUGAAAAUCAAAAUGAAUCACUUACAUUUACCGAAGUUACUGCGGUUAGCACCGGUGUAUCCAAGUCCUCGCGUCAAAAUAGUGCAUCUUCAUCAUCAAGGGGAUCAUCAUUUGGUUCAAUAGUGGAAACAAUUAAAAGUGGGGAACACAUUAAUUGGAGACGUGCAGUAAAGAAAUUCAAAAUUAGAAGAUUUCUGAAUGAACAUCUCGAUGAAGAGUAGAUAGAAAAUAUUAAUUAUUUUCUUCCUUGUUACGACCGUUGCGCGUAUAAUUGCAUAAAUACCCGGGAGAAUUUUUAUAGACUUGGGAGUAUUCAUUACAAUUUGGUCGACCGCCAAUUUAUAAUCGAAUUCCAAUUAGAUCCUCACAUUAAUAGACGAUAAUGAUAAUGCUAA